AUGACUACUACUGCGCGGACGAGGGCCUUCCCACCUUUGACCAUGCCUACCGGCCCCAACGAUAAGGCCCAGCAGCCUCUGGGCUCUGGCUACGCAAGCUCAAAUCUCUACCCGAACAAGAAUAUCUGGAAUACCUCACUUCACAAUGGCAGGGAGCGCUCCGCGGUCGUCCCCGAAGCGCCGGACGAGAGUCCCACAGGUUGCAGCGCUCUCAACGUAAACUCUGAAGCCGAUGUCUGGUCUCCCAAUCCAUGGAACCAUGAUCACCCUCCCCGCUCCGUCAGCAAUUCGCCCAACCGAGCUCGCGAAGCCGUUCUUACCAACGGCGCCGCCUUCUUCGACCACUCCCAUCCUGCCAUUGGUAUCAAGAAGUCCGCUUUUGAUAACGACAGUUUCACCGUUCCCUACCCGACUCAGAAGCGCGCCCCUCACGCCGGCUUUGAUACCCUGGCCGCCUUCGCUCCCCGCGACGACGACCUUCCUCCCUCGCGCCAGACUCAGGGCUCGCCUGCCUUUGCCGACCUAUACCCUGGUCAUGCCCACAGCAACUCGGUCCAUUCUCGCGGCGUCUCGAGCCAUGGCUCUUCUCUCUCCAACGCCAAUCAGCGCGCCUUUACAUACAAUACCAAGGCUGAAGACGAAAUUACCGCCCAGUUCACUCGUCGCAUGAACCUCGAUUCGCAUCCCGCCGCUUCCUUCAAUCCUGCCUCGCAGCCCUUCCAGCUCGACCCCGGCUCCCAGCCAUGGAUGGCUGAAAGUGCCUCCCGCUAUGGAGGCGCCUUCAACUAUCCGCCAGCUGAAGCUAUUGGCUCCCACGUCUCUGCCAUGAGGCGCGGCUCCAUCGAUAGGAUCACUCCCUCGCCCACAUACCGCUUGGAGCCUGGCGCCAGCCCUCGCAGCGCCCACGCCAUCACUUCUGAUGUCUGGGGUGGCGCCCGUCCCUCCUCUCGCGAUCCCCGCACUGCUGACAUUGAGCGCCGCCUGCAGUCGCACCAGUACCCUCCCGCCUAUCCUGGAGCCUUCUACGGCGGCCAGUAUACCUAUGCACCCAUUCCGGCUCAGUACGCUCCCAACUUUGACCCGUACUCGCAAAACUAUCGCCACCCUGCGCUCUCGGGCUACCCCCUUCCUCCCCUGCCCUCUGCUUAUGCUCCUAACGGCGGCAUCCAGUCUGCGCGAUCCUCGCGCGAGCAGGAUCCCUCCAAGGCUGUACGCAGCUACCUUUUGGAGGAGUUCCGUCAGAGCAACAAAUCAAACAAGCGAUAUGAGCUCAAGGACAUUUACAGCUACGUUGUAGAGUUCAGUGGUGACCAGCAUGGGUCCCGAUUCAUCCAGCAGAAGCUCGAGACCGCCAACAGUGACGAAAAGGAACAAGUCUUCCGCGAGAUCGAGCCUAAUGCGAUCCAGCUGAUGAAGGACGUUUUUGGCAAUUACGUUGUCCAAAAGUUUUUUGAGCACGGUAACCAGGUCCAGAAAAAGAUAUUGGCCGAGAAGAUGCGAGGCAAGGUUGUCGACCUUUCAGUUCAGGUGUAUGCUUGUCGAGUAGUUCAAAAAGCUCUCGAGCAUGUUCUUGUUGAGCAGCAGGCUGAACUGACCAAGGAGUUGAGCCCCGACAUCAUUCGCGUCAUUCGCGACCAGAAUGGCAACCACGUCAUCCAGAAGAUCAUUGAGCUCGUUCCCCGACAGUACAUCGACUUCAUCAUGGAUGCUCUUCGUGGGCAAGUCACCGGCCUCGCCUCUCACACCUACGGAUGCCGUGUUAUUCAGCGAAUGCUCGAGUACGGUACCGAGACUGACAAGCUUGAGAUUAUGACUGAGCUGCAUGCGUCUGCGCAGAUUCUGAUUACUGACCAGUAUGGCAAUUACGUCGCGCAGCACGUCAUCCAGAACGGCAAGCCCGAGGACCGCGACAAGCUAAUUCAGCUUGUCAUGUCCCAGUUGCUUACGCUUUCCAAGCACAAGUUCGCCUCUAACGUUGUGGAGAAGUGUAUCGAACAUGGCACCCCCGCACAGCGCUCUGCUAUCCGUGAGCAGCUCACUACCGUUGUUUCCGACGGUUCCAGCCCACUCCAACUUAUGAUGCGCGACCAGUAUGGCAACUAUGUCAUCCAAAAGCUUUUGGGCCAGCUGCACGGCGCCGAGAAGGAGAUUCUUGUCGACGAGAUCAAGCCUCAGUUUUUUUCGCUCAAGAAGAACGGCGCUUCUCGCCAGCUUCAGGCUCUCGAGAAACUCUUGGGACUAGGCAGUCGCGGUGAAGGUGACCACUCGGCCACGCCCACCCCUGCCUUGACCAACGAAACCAGCAGCCCGCAGACCAGCAGCCCACCAAGCACUCACGUUAGUGCCGUUGGUUUGGUCUCGGCUGAUGCAUCUAGCAAGGCAUCCACCGUGACCGCCGGGGAUGUCCAGGUGCACGAAGAGGAAGCUUGA